AUGAAGGCUACCCUCGCCACCGUCUCGGCCACUGCCGCCCUUGUUGCCGCCGCCAGCGUCGCGGCUGGCCCCAUCGAGAAGCGCGCCAAGAUCGCUCAGACCUUCUCGCCCCCCUCGGCCUCGCCCCUCCAGCAGUCGUCCAACUACGUUGGUGCCAACAAUGGCUCUCUACCCAAGCACGAGGUCGUCGCCGGCAAGGCCUUCGACCGCAUCGUCCAGAUCUGGCUCGAGAACACCGACUACGAGGCCGCUAUCUCCACCCCCGCCAUGCAGGCUCUCCUCCCGCAGGGCGUUCUCUUCGACAACUACUACGCCGUCACCCACCCUUCGGAGCCCAACUACAUCGCCUCGGUCACCGGUGAUUUCUGGGGCCUCUCCGACGACGCCUUCUACCACGUCCCCACCAACAUCACCACCCUCUUCGACCUCCUCGACGACGGCGGCAAGGCAGGCAAGCCCAUCUCCUACGCCUGCUACCAGGAGAACAUGCCCUACGACGGCUUCACCGGAUUCAACUACACCUCCAAGAACUACGUCACCCCUGGCGCCUCCAACUACACCUACUACGUCCGCAAGCACAACCCUUGCGCCAUCAUGGACUACGUCUCCGGCAACAAGACCCGUGCGCUCUACAACCGCAACUUCAACGACCUCGCCGUCGACGUCAACGCAUCCGCGCUCCCUCAGUGGACCUUCAUCACGCCCAACAUGGUCAACGACGGUCACGACACCACCGCCGCCUUCUUCUCCAACUUCACCAGCUACUUCCUGCCCACUCUGCUCAACAACACCAACUUCAACUCCAACAGGACCCUCGUCCUCCUCACUUUCGAUGAAAACGAUAGCUACACGGCUGCCAACCGCAUCUUCACCAUCGCCCUCGGUGGUGCUGUGCCCGCCAACCUCAAGAACACCACCGACCACACCUACAUGACCCACUACUCGGCCAUCUCCUCGGUCGAGGCCAACUGGAACCUCAAGUCGCUCGGCCGCGGCGAUGUCAACAAGACCAUGGCCAACGUGUUCCCCAUCUUUGCCGACUCCUUCGGCUACUCGAACACCGACGUUGCCGAGGCUGACAUUCCCCAGACCAACAUCACUGGUGUCGCACCUGGCCCCUUCUCGCUCACUAGCAACACGGCCUUCUACGCUCCCGACGAUGUCAAGGUCGUCGGCGCAGGAGGUGAGCCCGUGCUGAUCAAGAGUGGCCUCAACACCUCGCAGACCCUUGCCACUCUCCCGCAGACCAACCUGACCGCGCUCGGUCAGAAGAACGUCUGGAGCACCGACCCCGGCUUCAACAACGUCAACGUCUCCACUGGCGCUGCUGCCGGUACUUCGGCCGCCAAGACCAACGCUGCUGCCAAGCCCCUCGUGGCUGGUACCGGCAUCGUUGCUGGCGCCCUCUUCGCCUCCUUCGCCAUCCUCCUUUAG